AUGAAGACGGUCCUGGGCGAUCUGCAGAUUGUUGUGGAUCGGCACUCAGACGUUCUACGUAAUAAUGCGUUGCCGUUUCGAGUCCUCCUCGCUCUCAGGAUACUAGGCUUCGUCAUCUCUCCCAUAGCGGUUGCAUAUAAUUCCUUGGCGUUAUUACCGUUUCAAUUGUUUUCGAUUGAAAUUUGGCGUUUAAUCACGUGUCAUUUCGUUGGUCAUAAUGUUCUUUUAUUUGCUUGGACGGUCUGGAGUUUGCAUUUUGGGACAAAUCUUAUAAGGCAGAAUAAUAGUAACGAAAGCUUGUUGAAAAUCUAUGCAAUCACGCAGGUUUCAACCGUCCUCCUAGUUUGUGGAGCCGCUUACGGUCUCUAUGCAUUCGCUGCGAAAACUACACUUCUCUACGAGUCCCACAUUGUUGAUAUGGUACCGCUUAAUUGCGCUGUGCUCGUCCUAAUUAAACAGUUUCUACCGGAUACAAUCCUUCUCGACACCCCCGUAGGAAGAAUCAAAUACACUCAUAUGCCUAUUUUGGCUAUUUUAUUCGUGUCCAUAUUUUCCGUAGUGGGAGUGGUUAAGCCAGUGAUUGUGUUGCAAAGUGUGCUUGCCAUUCAAAUUUCAUGGACCUAUCUUCGUUUCUUCAAUCCACAGGAUGCUGACGGGACUUACGGUGACGGUAGUGAGCACUUCGUCUGGGCAAGCUUUUUCCCUCGUAUUGUUCAACCGUUUUGCACAGUUUUCGGUCGCAUUUGCUUCAGAAGCCUUGUUAAGCUUGGAGGUUGCAAGAGAACGGUUCGACAUGUCGACCUCAACUCGCUACAAAGUGUGGGAAUUAGUUUACGCGGACUCGAUAGCACGGCACGUGACGCCGAGAGAAGAAGGCAAAAAGCACUCCGCGACCUCAAUGAGCGUCUGAGCAAAACAAAGAAGAUGGAGACAAUUGCUUGGGAAGAGGACGCUGAAGAUGAAAAAGUUGCGCCCGGAGCUGCUGAGCAGGACGCAGUUCACAAGAGUGGAAAUCAGGUCAAGGAGGAGGCGGAGGAGGUUGUGGUGGAGCCAAGCACGACCGCGCAGCCAUCGGAGAGUGCCGAGUCGCGCGCAUAG